UGCUCUUGGAUGGAGCUAGGGCUAUCAGCCAUGGACGGAUCGAUUGGGCAGCAGCAAAUGAGGAAGACGAUCGGACUCUGGACGGCGGCAUCAACCUGGACAUCUCCGCUUCUUUAUGUGGCGGAGUACGACGGAAAUGUUACGAUGUAUUCGGUCAUAAACGACAAAGUGAAAAAGUGCGAAGCAAAGAACGUUCUAUAUUUGCCGGGGUUGAGUUGUAACUUGUUCUCGGUUAAACGAAUUACGAGAGCCGGUCUCCAAGUGUGUUUUGAUGAAGACAAAGCGAAAGUGAUGAAGAACGGCGCCGUUGGCGCAGUUGGUCGUUUGAAGGGCGAAUUGUACGAACUUGACAUUUUCUGUAAACGUGAUGAUAUGGGAUCUGCCAUGGUCUCGGGAAAAGUAUCACGCAAUGCUAUGGAAAUCAAAUCCACAACAUCACGGCAACAAAAUUCAUCGCACGAUUGGCUAUCGAGGAAGGAUCAGUCAUUCAUAUCUCCCCCAGCUUGUCGGCGAGAUUAUCGCAAGCCCCACAAACAAGAGAUUGAAAUUCUAGCUCGGAGCAAAAGCGUGAAACGACAAAUGGAAAUAUCGCCAACUGAAUCCACCAACCGGGGAAAACGAGCUCCAGCAGAAAUCGAAACAUCAAGUUCGCCUGAUGAAUACCAGACCAGAACAGCCAAGUAG